CAAAAGAACAUAUUUGGCUAAGAUAACAUUAACAGUGAACAUCAUCCACACGUCACCCUGUGUGUUCAUGGCUCUGAGAAAAAAGACAGUCGCUCAGUCUAUCUAGUCAGUGAGUCAGUGAGUGAGUAAGUGAGUAAGUCAGUGAGUCAGUCAGUUCAGACAGUCAAGAAGUUUGCCCAGUUCAUCCUAACCUCUGGCCAGGCUCCCCCGUCCCCUUGGACUGUGCUCCCUUCAGCCUCAGCCAGCUAGCCAGUCAUCCAUCUAUCCAUCCAUCCAUCCAUUAUUAGGCCAGGAUUGGGAUUGUUGGUAGUCAAGUCCACCGCCCGCCCAUUGCCAUUGCCGCACCUCCGCACCCACUAGCCACCGCUCCCGCCCAGGCUGGAGGCGUGUCGCUGGCCGUAGUCUCUUGUCCGUAGGCCUUGAUCAUGUUCGACUCGUCCGUGAUGAGUCGGACGGCCUCCUCGUCCUUGGUCGACAACCCGGAUUCGCUCCAGACCUCUUGUUUGGACUACAUCUGCCAGAACUUGGAGGCCAUCGCCGUGGUGGCCUCGGACGAGGCCGCUCUCCUCAGUAGUCAGGCCUCGCCUCCGACCGCCUGGUCGGCCUCGGGCACUUUGGGCGGCGGCAGCCCCUCCUUAUCCUUGGCCGUGGAGCCCUCCGAACACACCAAACCUAGUCCACCGAGUUCGGGCUGGACCCGCCCUUACACGCGCUCUCAAGCCACGCUCGAGGGCCGUCAGUCGGCUGCCGGCUUGGCCCGCCCGAGUCGGGCCGGUGGCCCGUCCCAAGCGUUGUUGAGCUUCGGCUCGCCGGAUAUGUUCAUUCACACGGAUCUGUCGGAGCAGUUGUUGGCUCGGAUCUGCGAGCGCGGUCGGAUGACCGACGAGGUCAUGAAUCUGUUUCAGUCUUGUCAGACCCGCCUGCGGAAAGUCCAAUUGACCGAGGCCUCGAAGUUGACCACGCGGAGUUUGCGCGUAUUGCGGGGUCAUCAGAUCACGCACUUGACCACGAUCGGUCUGUCCAAGGCCACGGUGACGGAUUUGAUCGGGUGCCUGGGCGAUUGGACCUUGCAAAAUUUGCAGGCCUUGAAUGUGGCCAAGUCGACGUUCGUGGAUCAUUGCAAGAUCACGGUCGUGGUGGCUCUGUCCAAGCUCCAACAUUUGCACACCUUGAACGUGUCCAGCACGGAGUUCACCAAGACCAGUCUGGAGAUGAUCGUAGAUGACCUCCCGCGACUCGAGCACUUGGACAUUUCGUGCACCAAAGUCAGUGAUAUCUCGUGUCUGCGCAAGUGCAAGCAUCGUCUCAAAAGUCUUUCGUUGUACGGACUCCGAUUUCCGCCCGAGAGUUCGGCCUUGGCCGAUGUGUUGGAGGUGCUCCAGGAUCUGUCCGAGUUGCGCCAUUUGGAUGUGUCUGAAAACCCGGAGAGUGACACGGUUCUCCAGCUCUUUACCUCCCAAGUAUCCAUUCGGGCCGAGCGGAUCGUGGAGAGCAGUCAGAGUUGGCCCAAUCUUAUUUCGCUCGAUAUCUCGGGCAAUAACAAUAUUAGUGAUCAUGUGCUCCAAGAGUUCUUGACCAGUCACAAGCACACGUUGCGAUUCUUGGGCUUGGCCUUGAGUGAUACUUGCAAGUUGGACUUGCUGACCAGCCCCGAUCAUCCGACCUACAACGCCAAUCUCACCGUCACAGGGAGUGGAAAUGAGGCCCAGGUCCUCGAAGCUUUACGUCGCUACAAGACACGCCCGUGUUAUGUCCAGAAGUCUUUGUAUCAUCUAUUCCGGUUAACUCAGAACUACUCCACGCCCCGACGAGACAUGAUUGAGGUGGUGACCGGAUGUGCUCGAACGUACAAAACUGUGUUCAACAUUCAAAUGGCCGCCACGGCUUGUCUGUUCAACUUGACCAAAGGCGAUUUGGGCAAGAUUCUGCAUCCGAGGAUCCUCUCCGACACGGUGAACGUCAAUUUGAACGCCAUGGAGGAGUUCCCUCAACACCAACAGCUCCAGAAGAACGUCCUGCUCACGAUCUGCAGCGAUCGAAUCCUCCAAGACGUCUCGUUUGACCAUUUCCGUUGUGCCAAGCUUGUCAUGGAUUGUCUAUGUAAAUGGCAAGAUCUAUCUAUGAACCGCAUGAGCGUGGCCAUCUGUUCAAUCCUAGCCGCCAAGAUCUCGACCAAAGAGACUUCCGAGUUGGGUUCACAUGCCAAUUACAUGGAGAAGCUUCUACAAAUGGUCAAGGAACGUCUUGAGAGCAUGGAGAUCGACAUCAUCCUCAAGUUCACCCUCUCAGCUUUGUGGAAUCUCACGGACGAAUCACCCAAAACCUGCUCCGUGUUCCUCCAAGAAGGCGGUAUGGACUUGUUCCUCCAAGUUUUGGAUGCUUUUCCCGGUGAGAUCUCCAUCGAGACCAAAGUUUUGGGUCUCCUCAACAACAUUGCUGAGGUCAAAGAACUUCGAUUCAACCUGAUGGUCGAUUCGUUUAUCAACCUUUUGAGUAAGUUAAUGCACUCAAAGCACAUUGAUGUCAGCUAUUUUGCGGCCGGGAUCGUGGCCUAUCUGGCCAGCUCAGGUCCGUGGACUGCCACGACUAUGUCCAAGGAGGAGAUGACUGAAGAUUUGUGUCACGUGGUGUCCAGUUGGAAAACGCCCAAGGAUGAAAUGGUGGCCUAUCGGUCGUUCAAACCCUUCUUCCCCCUUAUGUCAGUGGAUCAAUCAUACGCUGUCCAACUUUGGGCCACCUGGGCGGUUCACCAUGUCUGCACCAAAAAUCCACGACGUUAUUGCUCUAUGCUGAAGGAACAGGGUGGUUCGGAAGUGAUCUUGGACCUUCUGAAGUCCGCCGAUCCUCAGACCCGCGUUCACGCUCUGGCCGAGCGGAUUAUUCGAGAACUUGUCAUCAAGGGAUGCAUGCCAUUGAGUGUGUUUGCCAAUGGAGAGUUGCCCAACCAUCGAGGGGACGAGGAUCAAGGCGAUGACCCCGCCCAGGACUUCUUCAUGGCCGAGGAAGAUAUUCUCGCCCUCUCGGGUCUCUGAGAGAACUCUUCUUUUCUGAUCAUCGAUCACAUCGUGCAUACUUAAGGAUCUUCCCUCCCCCUCUUAAGAAUCUAUCAACUAUGGAUAUAUCUUUUCGUAACUACUGUAGAUCUUGAGGCCUCUGUUGAGAUUAAGUCUAAAUCGUCAUCUCCAACCCCCAUUCGAUCCUUGUUUCUUUUUGUCAAUUAUGUCAACCCACAUUAUGCUGCUGGUGUGUAAUGAUCUUGAUUAUUUGCCUUAUGAAAAUGAACGCAAUGUUUAGUAA